CUGAACGCUGUUUUCUGGUCUUCUAUUUUCCAGCUGAGCUGAUCUGUCGCGUGCAACGACCCCGCACGAGCGCGCGCGCGCCCGGAGCAGCGGAGCAGCAGCAGCAGCAGCAGCGGUGUGAAGUCCACGUGUGUGUCCGCCUCCUGACGCCUGAUCCCCGGCCAGCGACGCAGCCAUGGACCGAUCUGCUACCGUGGAGUACUACAAGGCUGGCAUGCUGCUGAGUGGCGUUGGUGAUGCCCUGGGCUACAGGAACCAGCUCUGGGAGUACAACGAAUCUGGACCAGCCAUCCAUAAGGAGCUGCAGGAGCUCGGCGGUCUGAAGAGCAUCAAGGCCGAGCUCCCCGACUGGCCCGUGAGCGACGACACCGUUCUGCAUCUGGCCACAGCUGAAGGCCUGGCGACCGGGAAGGGCGGGGAGGAGCUGCUGCACGAGGUGGCCGCUCGCUACGUGGAGGGGAUGAAAGACAUGGAGGGCAGGAAACCCGGCCCGUCCAGCAUUCUGGGAGUUUCCCAACUGAAGCCUGGGGAGGAGGGAGGCUUCAGAGUGCCCUAUAACCCUGAGGGAACUGGCUGCGGCGCCGCCAUGAGGUCCAUGUGCAUCGGCCUGAGGUAUCCCAAACCGGACCAGCUGCUGUCGCUGGUGGCGGUUGCCGUGGAGACGGGCCGGAUGACCCACCCUCACCCGACAGGGUUCCUGGGGGCCGUGGCGUCCGCCCUGUUCACCGCGUACGCCGUGCAGCGCCGGCCGAUCACCACCUGGGGCCUGGGCCUGAUCAACGAGGCCUGCCCGAUCGCCCGGACCUUCGUCCGGGGCCGGGACUUCGCCGUGGAGGAGACGGAGCGGGACUGGGGCUACUUCUGCGACAAGUGGCAGUGGUACCUGGACCAGAGGGGCAUCUCCAACGGCGUGGGCCCCGUCCUCUGGCCCGAGUCCUACGGCCCUGCGGAGAGAGACGAGGCCUACAAGAGCUUCAGCCUGUCGGGCUGGGCCGGGCGCAGCGGCCACGACGCCCCCAUGAUCGCGCUGGACGCCCUGCUGGCGGCCGGUCCGGACUGGGAGGAGCUGAUGAGCAGAGCCGGCUUUCACGGAGGCGACAGCGACAGCACGGCCGUGAUCGCCUGCUGCUGCUGGGGUCUCCUCUACGGCACCCAGGGGGUCCCCGAGUGCAACUACUCCAACCUCGAGUACCGGGAUCGGCUGGAGCGCAGCGCCGAGCAGCUCUACGCCCUGUCGCACUAAGAUGGCUGCCGCUGGACUGACCCCGACCGCGGCGACGGAGGGGCGGAACUAGGUCAUAGAAGUAGCCGGCGCGCUCGGUAGUGCAUCGAUCUGGAGAGCCGCGGAGUCACACUCGCCCGAAGGGGAAUCCGAGUGUCCCACUAACCCACAGUCACAUCUGCCAGGAGCGGCAGGCCUCCUGCUGCUGCAUAAAGAGGGGGGCCCCCUAGUGACGGCCGCCGCACAUCGACAUGCAGCUCCACGGAGCAGAACCAAUCCCAGAUAAUGAGUGAGAAAGAAA